GACGGAGCUAGUUCGCCAUCGGCCCGGGCUGGGUGGAGGAUGGGCCCCUCUCCGCCGGUCUGCCGUCAGUCAUUGGCUCCCUGCGGUUUCCUUGGGGACGUGGCGCCGCCGCCCGCUCAGGCCUCUUUCCGGCUGGGCUAAAGGCCGGGGGGAAGCGCGCUGGACCGAGCGAAACGUUGCGGAGGGAGCCUGCGGGCCGCUGGACCUGCUGCAGACUUAGGAGAUGCCUGAGACAAGGAGACCAUUUUCUCAGGGCAAAAAGAAAAGGAGGUGACAGGCGCUGAGACCACUGAAGGGAUCCCAUGGCUAGGCAGACACAACUGUAGUCUCUGGCACUUAACCCCAGGGUGAUCGAGAGAGUGCUUGCUGAGAUCUGAAAACUGCUAAAAUGAUCAGUUUUUCCUACCUCUGCCCAGCCUCCUGGUACUUCACUGUGCCCACAGUGAGCCCAUUUCCACGUCAGCGGGUGGCAUUCCUAGGACUCUUUUUCAUAUCCUGUCUCCUUUUACUUAUGUUAAUCAUGGACUUUCGACAUUGGGGUGCUUCAUUACCACGAGAUAGGCAAUAUGAAAGGUAUUUGGCUCGAGUAGGGGAUCUUGAAGCAACCGACACUGACGACCCAACUCUCAAUUAUGGACUUGUUGUGGACUGUGGUAGCAGUGGCUCCCGGAUUUUUGUUUAUUUCUGGCCAAGACAUAAUGGCAACCCCCAUGAUUUGCUGGACAUCAAACAGAUGAGAGACCGAAAUAGCCAACCAGUCGUUAAAAAAAUCAAGCCAGGAAUCUCUGCAAUGGCAGACACCCCGGAACAUGCCAGUGAUUACCUUCGUCCUCUGCUGAGCUUUGCUGCUGCUCAUGUGCCUGUGAAGAAGCACAAGGAGACACCCCUUUACAUCCUGUGCACAGCGGGCAUGCGGCUUCUCCCUGAGAGAAAGCAGCUGGCCAUCUUGGCUGAUCUAGUGAGAGAUUUACCGCUGGAGUUUGACUUCCUCUUUUCCCAGUCUCAGGCAGAAGUGAUCUCUGGGAAGCAGGAAGGAGUUUAUGCGUGGAUUGGAAUCAACUUUGUUUUGGGAAGAUUCGACCAUGAGGAUGAAUCUGAUGCCGAGGCUCCCCAGGAAUUGGCAGCAGGGCGCAGAAGGACAGUAGGGAUACUGGAUAUGGGAGGAGCCUCUCUUCAGAUUGCUUAUGAAGUUCCUACCUCAACCUCUGUCCUUCCUCCAAAACAGGAAGAAGAAGCGAAGAUCCUGCUGGCUGAAUUCAACCUGGGCUGUGAUGUGCAGCAUACUGAACACGUGUAUAGGGUUUAUGUCACGACCUUCCUGGGUUUUGGGGGCAACUUUGCCCGGCAGCGCUAUGAAGACCUUGUGCUGAAUGAAACCCUUACCAAAAAUAGGUUGCUGGGCCAGAAGACAGGUCUGAGUCCCGACAAUCCAUUUCUGGAUCCCUGCCUGCCCGUGGGCCUCACAGAUAUGGUGGAGAGGAACAACCAGGUGCUGCACAUGCGGGGAAGAGGAGACUGGGCAUCUUGCGGGGCGAUGCUGAGCCCCCUGCUGGCUCGUUCCAACACCAGCCAGGCCUCGCUGAAUGGCAUCUACCAGUCGCCAAUUGACUUCAACAACAGCGAGUUCUACGGUUUCUCUGAGUUUUUUUACUGUACAGAGGAUGUGUUACGCAUCGGUGGCCACUAUCACGGGCCCACAUUUGCCAAGGCUGCCCAGGAUUACUGUGGCAUGGCCUGGUCAGUACUAACUCAGAGAUUCAAGAAUGGCCUCUUUUCAUCACAUGCAGAUGAGCAUCGACUCAAAUAUCAGUGUUUUAAAUCAGCUUGGAUGUACCAAGUCCUUCAUGAAGGAUUCCACUUUCCCUAUGACUACCCGCACCUGCAGACAGCCCAGCUGGUAUAUGACCGAGAGGUUCAGUGGACACUGGGAGCCAUUCUGUAUAAAACAAGAUUCUUACCACUCAGGGAUCUACGGCAAGAAGGUGUCCGGCCGGCCCAUGGUAGCUGGUUCCGCCUCUCCUUUGUCUACAACCACUAUCUCUUCUUCGCCUGUAUCCUGGUGGUGCUACUGGCCAUCAUCCUGUACCUUCUGCGGCUACGCCGAAUUCACCACCGACAAGCUCGAACCUCGGCUCCCUUGGACUUGCUGUGGAUUGAGGAGGUGGUGCCCAUGAUUGGGGUACAGGUAGGGCCGUGAGGCCAGACAAGGACUUGAGAAGCUCAAGUACCCUAGAGUUGCUGCCCAUUGAAUUCCACCACUUUCUUGUUCUGGCCUCAGAUGCUGCUUUGCCUGACCUUGGGAUAUGUGGCCUCGGAAUUUCUACCUUAGUUUCUACUUUAAUUCCUUUUCAACAUCUAGGUCCUCUUCUCUGAGAGAAGCUGUAAUUUAGUCUGUGAAGAGCUAAAUAAUGAGAGUUUGGUGCUAACAAAGAGGACCAACCUUACUCCAGUUGAAGCAUGCUUCUACCCCUUUAUCUGAGAGGUCUGGUGUGUUCCUGGCAUCUAGACUCCUCCCCUUGCUAAAGCAUGAAGUUUGGCAUUGGGCAAACUGGAAGCCUGGUUAUAACCAAGCCGGAGCAUCUGAUACAAAGCCGAAGACAUUCCAGCAAGUGCAGCAGGCCCUUCUUUCUCUGUAACAGAGAUAUCAUUUAUGUGGAUAUCCACACCCUUUAGUAGGGAUCCAAGAUAUCUGCAUUUCAGUGGAACAGAUAUGAACUUCCAGGCAAACAAAACAACGUAGUUUCUUUGCUUACUUGACAAAGAAGCCAUUGAGUGUGGUCCAAGAUCCCUGACAUAAUGUUGUUGAUGUUAAUUAAUUAGUAUUUGAUUUUAAAAGGUUAGAACCCCUUCUAAGUGAAUGGUCAGUCGAAGACUUUGACAGUAUCUUAUGUGAUACCUGGUAUGACCAGGAUAGAAAAUGUUUCUGUGUCUAUGUGCUUCACUGGCUGUUUGGGCAUUAAUUUUUCUUUUUGAGCCUUAAGUGUGCUUGUAGGAUAGAGAAACUGAUGGGAUUGGAGAUGUAGAUUUGUCUGGUUUUAAGUCACUGUCUCUAGGCCUAUUUUUAUGAGCCCCUUUACAGGAAAAUUCAAAAAGAGUUCCUUUAUUUCACUAAGAUCAAUAUAUAGUUCAGGAAGGGGUUAUAUUUGGGUUGUUUUUAAAGAAGUAAAGAACAGUGUCAGGAGAGUGGGCAAAGGCAAUAAAAUCCAAGCUCUUAUUUAUAAAUGUUUCCCUGAGAAAUAGAAAUGUUCUCAACUUGACUCUUGGAAUGUCUGAAAAGAACGAAAUUCUAAACUUGGGAAUAAAUAAGUAAAUCUGUUAAUAAGCCACCUGGCAACUUUAAGAACCUGUGUUAAGAGAUUGCUCGGUCACAGACCACAUUUGCAUUCAUGAGGAGAGAAGAAAAGCCAUAUGAUGACAUUUUCAUCCACUGCCCUUUAGGAGCUCUGUUCCUCCCCUACAUGGAGCCUUUAACUUGCACCUUCCCCCAUGGGAUCUUCUUGCUUUACCCUUUCCUACACGUAGGCUUGAUUGUCUUUCCCAAGAAUAUGCUCCCAGACUUGAAGUAGCUUUGUUUUCUUUUUUGUCACUUUAUUUUUAGGGUUAGUUGAGUACAGGGAAUGAUUCCUGACGUUAAUGGGGGAAAUGUAGAAUUAUUAAAACAAAAAUUCCAUAGUGGGAUCGGAAAGGAAUUAAAUGUUUCAUAAAACAGAAAAAGAAAUCAAGGUCUUCGUAGAAAUAAACUGAGAUGAAAAUAAGUAUACUCUUAGUUGGUAGGUGAAAAGAUGAUGAGUCUUAAACUGUUUACAAAUUAGAUAAAAACGGAUCUAACAAAGAGUCUUAUAGCUCCCUCUGGAAAUAUUUUUACUUUUCAUUAGGGCUUUAUGUCACAGCAAUUUCCCUUAAUCUUGAAGACUUCUAAAUUGCCUUGAUUUUCUUUGACUUCUUACGUUCGGGUCACUGUGAGUGAGCCCUCGCCUUAUGAGUGCUGCUUGUAAAUAAUGUCAGAAUAUGGUUUUUGCUAGCCAGGGCCUCCUCAGGUACUCUUUCUUUUUCCCUCAUCUUGGUUUCCAAAUACUAUUUUUGGUUUUCUUGUGAGAUCUGGUCAGGAUCUGGUCAAAAACUACCUAAUUGGCUAAUAGUGAUCACAUUCGUGUGCUCGAAAUGAAGCUGAAGCAGGGAGGAGGUGGUGGUGAGUCCAGUUUGAAAGCUCUUAUUAAUGAAGUUAUUCUUCCUCCUGGUUAUAAUAAUGAUAGCUGCCAUUUGUUAAGCAUUCACAUGUAGCAUACACUCUUAAGAAUUUUAUGUAUAUUAUUCAAUCAUUAUGACAGCCUUUCAGAUGGAUAUUACUUUUUGUGUUCUUUUUAUAAUUGAGAAACUCAGGAUAUCCUAUGCUUAUCAUUUUUUCAAUGUAAAUGUAUUUCUUAUUUUUAAUUUAUUUUAAUUAGUUUUUGAGUUUUUGUUCAGUGUAUUAUAUCCUGUUUAUUAUUUUAAUAUUAUAGGAUCUAGGCUUGUCUUGGUUACUGUAUGACUUUUCAGAGUUCUAUGGUAUAAAUGUAAAAAGGACAAAUUUUUAUCAUAUUCCUCAGAGAAACUGAGUAUUUGCUGUUGGUAUUGGUUCCUGUGCUUCUUUCAUUGUUCCCAAUUAAUAAUUUUAAAUGAAAUCUCAUUAGCUAGAAACAGAAGCCAUUUAUUCUUUGAAGGCCAAUUACUUAUAUAUUUUGCUUUCUCAUAAUCAUCUUGAAAAUGGAAUCAAUCUUGUGUUUAACCCUCUUUUAGCUCUUAGUUUUUAAAGAUUUUUAAAAAUAUGUGUUUGUAUUUCUGCAUUUUCAGUGGUUUCCCUGUGAAGAUAAUUAUGGUUUCAUUACAUUCACAUCCCAGCAGUUCAGUCUUCUUGAUAACAGCAAAAUGAAUGUGAACGGUUUUAGUACUUUUAUCAUUGAGACAGGCCACAAAUGUCAAAAUCAGAGUUGGUGGCUGAUAGGAGAUGAUGCUUACAGUGGCACAACCCAUCACUUUUCUCUGAAUUCUUUCCACAAGAACAAAAUGAAAAUAUGUAUAAUACCCAUGUAUAUGGCACUACGUUGACUUAAGUUGCAGUUAACUCUAGGCCAAAUUAUACUAUCUUUGUCUCUGUACCUUAGCUCCUUGGAUUGAUUUUCCUUGGUGUAGGGAGUUUAGUCACUUUCUAACAAACUUGUCUUAAUCUUUCAUGUUAUCCAAAGCAUUCCACCUCCACUUCUCUCAGCCUGACAACUUUCUUUAAAUUCAAAGGCCUUGGGCAGUGAUUAUUAAAAUGUGGUUGAUUGAGUCUGUCAUGCACUUGCUAAGCUACUCUUUUCAGCUUUUAACAUUUAAGUAUCACAUCCAUAUUUGUUGUUGUAUAGUUGACAUACAACAUCAUAUUAGCUUCAGGUGUACAACACGACUUGAUAUUGUAUACAUUACGAAAUGAUCACUACAAUGAGUCUAGUUUCCCUGUCACCAUAUAAAGUUAAGUAACAUGCAACUCAGUGUUACUAACUCUAGUCACCCUGCUGAACAUUACGUCCCAUGACAUGACUUAUUUUAUGACCCCCUUCUUCUGUCUUGCCCACCCUCCCUGCUCCCCCGGCUCUGGCAACCACCAAUCUCUUCUCUGCAUCUAUGAGUUUUGUUGUUUCUCCUUUUCUGUUUUAGAUUCUACAUAUAAGUGAAACCAUAUGAUAUUUGUUUUUCUCUGACUUAUUUCACUUAGCAUAAUACCCACAGGUUCCAUCCAUGUCACAAAUGGCAAGAUUUCAUUCUUUUUUAUGGCUCAAGUAGUAUUCCUUUGUGCGUGUUGGGGGUUGUGUCAUCUUUAUCCACUCUUCCAACACUUUGUUUCUUUAUCUUGGCUAUUGUGAAUAAUGCUGCAGUGAAUAUAGGGGUGCAUAUACCUUUUUGAAUAAGUGCUUUCAUUUUCUUCAGAUAAAUACCCAGAAGUAGACUUGCUGGAUCACAUGGUAGUUCCAUUUUUAGUUUUUUGAGGAGCCUCGAUACUGUUUUCCGUUAUGGCUGCACCAAUUUACACUCUCACCAAUAGUGCACGAUAGUUCCCUUCUCCCUACAUCCUCACCAACACUUGUUAUUUCUUAUCUUUUUGAUAAUAGCAGUCCUGACAGAUGCGAGAUGAUACAUCUCAUGGUUUUGAGUUGCAUUUCUCUGGUAAUUACUGAUGCUGAGCAUCUUUUCGUGUGUUCUGUUGGCCAUCUGUGUAUGUCUUUGGAAAAUGUCUGUUCAGGUUCUUUGCCCAUUUUUAAAUCAUGUGUUUUGUUACUGAGUUAUGGUUCUUUUUUAUAAUUUGGAACAUUAACUUCCUACCAGAUUUAUGAUUUGAAAAUAUCUUCUCCCAUUCAGUAGGUUGGCUUUUUGUUUUGUUGAUGGUUUCCUUUGCUGUAUGGAAGCUUUUUAGAUAUAGUUUCAUUUAUUUAUUUUGUUUUUUAUUGCCAUUGCCAUUAGAGUCAGAUCUAAAAAAAUAUAGCCAAGAGUAAUGUAAAGAAGCUUAUUGCCUAUGUUUUCUUCUAGGAGUUUUAUGGCUUCUGGUCUUAUAUUCAAGUCUUUAAUCCAUUUUUAGUUCAUUUUUGUGUACAGUGUAAGAUAGUGGUCUGGUUUCAUUCUUUUCCAUGUGGCUCUUCAGUUUUCCCAACACCGAUUAUUGAAGAGACUGUCCUUUCCCCACUGUGUAUUCUUGCCUCCUCUGUUGGAAUUAAUUGAUCAUAAAUACAAGGGAUUAUUUCUGGGCUCUCUAUUCUGUUCCAUUGAUCUAUGUGUCUGUUUUUAUGCCAGUACCACACUGUUUUGAUUACUAUAGCUUUGUAAUACAGUUUGAAAUCAGAGAGCAUGAUGCCUUUCACAUCCGUAUUUACAUUUUUGAAAUAAAAUAACUUCUACUUCUCAUUGGUAUUAUCUAAAUAGAUGCUUUCUCCACCCCUAUUCCCAUGCUUUUGUUUUGCUUUUUGUCAGGAGUGAAAGACAAAUGGAUGGUAUGACUUAGGAGAAAGAACACUGGUGUCAGGAACAGCAGACUUGGAUUCUUGUCCUGGCUUUGUCAAUGACUAGUUCUGGCAUUCCAGGCAAGUCACUUGCCCUCUCUGGUUCAUUUUUUAUCUGUAAAACAAGGUGACUAGACAAGAUGCUCUGAGGCUAGUUCCAAACAUUGGCCUAAGGAACUAAAGGUGAGGGAGAACGAAGGAAAGUGAUAGUUUCAGGAAGUGGAUUUUGGUCUUUGUUUAAAAGGCCAGGUUGCUCAAGGGAGCCAGUGGUCAUCUCCUACUUUAUCCACUGUCCCUGACAUUAAGGUUGAUGGGAAUGGAGUUUCCAACAGCAGUCAUUAUAUGCAAAUUUCAGAAGAUGAGAUUUUUACAGCUGGGAUUUUAGAGGUCUAUUUUCUGUUAACCCCCUUGGUUUUAUGGAUGAUGAAAUUGAGGCCAAGAGCAGUGGUACUAUGUGCACAGUGAAUGGCCUCCUGGAUUUAGUUUUCUCUGUUCUUUGUACUACAGAUACAUACCUUUGACAGCUGCGAUGAAAUUCUCAUUGACAGAAUCUUCCUGCAAGAUUGUGUUUUUCUACAGAAUCUAUUCUUUAUAAUAGAGCUGACUGCAAGUAACCAUGCCCAAUCUUUAUAACUGCUUCUGAUCUUCAUUUGUGAUUGCUUUGCUCACAUUUAGGAAUAAAAUAUGAAAGAAAUACUUUGUUAGAAAUAGCACCAAGUUGUUACUACAUCUAUUCUACCUUCUAUAUUUCUUUUAAUACUUUUAAAUUUUAGAUGUUUCUUUUAAACAAUUUGCUUAAUUUUGUACAAUUUUCUUAACCACAGCUCUAAGCAAUUCAUUUGAUGGUUAUAAUUGAAAUUAUUUAAGGUGUAAAUGCCUAUUAGAUCUACCUCAUUAAUGAACUUGGCUGUAAUUCUCGGGCAGUUCUCAGACUCCCUUACAGAAAUAAAAUGCUGUUUCUUUUUGCUGUCUUUAAACUUCUUUUCAUACUAAUUCAGAACUAGUAUAAUUUCCCUGUGUGCUGUGGUAUGUGAUGUAACUUCACCUGGGAUCAAGAAUUAAGGUAGAAGUAGCAACAGAUAGUUCAGAUUCUCCCAGAUUGGCCUCUUAGGUCAUGUUUAGUUUCAGAGUCCGGACACUAGGGCCACAUGCUCUGUCACACUUGGAAGGAUUUGGUUGGUGUUAACAAAAAAUACUUGUUAAAAAAGAAGGACUCUUUUUAUUAUAUGCUAAUAGACUUUCCUUGUAUUAUCACAUAAGUGUUUCCCUUUUACUCUAAUUCAUUAUUUCCAGUUUGUCAGUGCCAUUAUUAGAGGGACAGAGGAGGUCAGCAUCUGUUGACCAUUUUGUUUCUCUGGAAGUCUGAGCACUAAGAAAACCCUUCUAUUUGUAAAAUCGAGUCAUCACUCAUACUAUAAGGGCUUUUUACUUUGAAAGUGUAUUCAAUCAUGGCCUGCCAUUUUUAUAAAGACCAAAGUUGAAAAACAUUUCUGAGUCACAGGAUGUUUAUAGCCAUGCACGUAUUAUCUCAAGCAAGCCUGAGGACACGUCUGCUCCUGAGCCUCUCCUAAGUGGUGCCUCCACUCACAGACCCCCUGGCGGCCUACCACUCUGCUUCUCCGGUAUUCGGGUAGCCCUGAUGCUUUCUUGAGGAGCCCCUCCUGCAGAGGACUUGCCCAAGUUUGGCCCAUUAAAACUGCUAUUGGUGAAGGCUCUGUACCUUAUUAGCUUCACAAUUCUUUCUCUGCAAGCAAGGAUCCCAGACAAAUACUCUGAUUUUUGGUAUUGCUGUCAUUAUGUUAUGUUUGAGAUUCUCACUCUACAAUUCCCCCUUUGUGGAAGCCCUGAAGUGUAUGCCUCAUCUCCUUUAUUACUUCUGCCUUCAACAAUGAACUGCACAGUGUUGAAAGGCAUCUAUUAUGACCCACAGCCAGACACUCCCUUCUGGCUUUAAAAAAACAAAGGCUGCCUAUAUUGCAUCACUAUGGGGGGUUGCUAAGACUGUAUGUUUUUCUAAUGCUUCACAUUAAAUAAUUUUGCUCAACAGUUCUUAAAAUUCUGUGAAAUACUGUUAAAUCAGUGUUGAACAAAAGUCAAUGCAUAUCAGAGACAGAUGCACUGUCCCUUAUGUAGGGACAUGGGUAUAUGUGUUACAUAUGCUGAUAUAUAACUCACCAUUCAUUCCAGAACUGGAAGGAACGCUGCAGAUCGACUGGUUAUCCUAAUGUCAUGAUCAUCACUUUAGGCAGUAGCUAAUCGAUACCUCUUCUACAAUGGACAUUUGUCAGUGUAAGUUAAAGACAAAAACUCUGGAUUGAUAAAAAAGCCAGGUGUUUUAAUUUCCUUUGAUGUUUUAAAAACAACUGACAGAAUUAUCAAGACUUUAAAAAAUACUAAGGGAAAUUCAUUUAGUCUUCUAGGUAUAUGAUGACUUAUUUUGAAGGAAGUGUCUGGGACCUCAAACUGUAAUUGUCCAUUUUCCAUUCAUUCAUGCAAUGUUUGGUGUAUGUCUGAAGCUGGGAAUAAUGAAAGAUAAAAAUAAUUCAGAUAAUCUCCAUUCACCAAGAGCUCAUAGAUAGGCACAAUACAGUUAUAUAGCUAAAUGCAACCAGAAUCUGCUUUUCCAAACUUACUCAUCUGUAAUAAAAGAAAAACGAAGUAAAGCA